CCCAAACAACAUAACUCAAUAAUAUCAUAACUUCAUAUAUAUAUACGAUAUACUAUUAUGUUACUACUACAUACCUAUUCUAGACAAAAACAAUAACAAUUUUUUGUCGAAAUGAAUCACUCCUCCCGCUCUAAAUCAUCCAAUUCCUUCUCCACAGAUGCCCCCUCAUUGGACUACGAAGUGGCAGAGCUAGCAUGGGAGAACGGCCAGGUCGCCAUGUACGGCCUCGGCGCGCCGCGCCCCCUCAACAGCAAGGCCGCCGGCGCCGACACUCUGGAGUCCAUAGUUGACCAAGCCACCUUCAGCCUCCCCCACGCCAAAUCUGCCGCCUUGGUUCCUUGGCUCGACCACGGCGCCGUCUCCGUCUCCGCCUCCGCCUCUGCCGCCGCCGCGGCGAGCAUGGACGCCCUGGUGCCGUGCAACAACAGCAGGAACGAAAAGCAUGUGAACUCGACGCAGGUGCCGGGGAUCGGCGGCGCGUGCACGGUGGGAUCGUGCAGCGGCGCCGAGGGCCUGGCACGUGCGGCGGGGCGGGGUUUCUGCACGAGUUACACGAGCGACACGUGCGGCGGAGGGAGAGACAGCCUGCUUGAUUCUUGCGACAGAGAAUUCGCCGGCGGCGGCAUCACGUCCACCUCCCUAUGGUCGCAGGAAAACACCAGCUCCGGCGAAGAUUGCACCAAGACCUCUGCCGAGGACCACGAAACCGUUUGUUACGGUAGAUCACAGAGGCCGGCAGGAAAAAAAAGCAACAGAAAAUUGGGAAUCGGAAAAUCAGCAAUUAUUUCAGCUAAAGUUAGGGCAGCUGCCAUCCAUAACCAGUCUGAGAGAAGAAGAAGGGACAAAAUUAAUGAAAGAAUGAAGACAUUGCAGAAGUUGGUCCCCAAUUCUAGCAAGACGGAUAAGGCGUCAAUGUUGGAUGAAGUAAUAGAUUACAUGAAACAAUUGCAAGCACAAGUGCAGAUGAUGAGUAGGAUGAGUGUGCCAUCCAUGAAUAUGAUGAUGCCAUUGUCCAUGCAACAACACCUUCAGAUGUCUAUGAUGACUCCAACCAUGGCCAUGCCUAUGCCCAUGGGAGGAGUCAUGGACAUCGGUCGCGGCACUGGAAUGUUGCCCAUGAUGCCCUCGUCCGCUGGAUUCAUGCCUUGGGACAUCCAGCCUCCACCGCCCACGCCCGACUUUUUAUCCAACCUCUUUGCUACUCAAUCGCAACAGCCAAUGACGGUCGAUGGCUACACCAGAUUGGCAGCUAUGUAUCAGCAGUUGCAACAAACGUCUGCGAUGACUGCCUCAAAAAAAUGAUUUCAAAAAUAUGUAAAAUAAUAAUUAUGAAUGCAACUCUUUUUUUGGGUUUGUUUUAUAUAUUGAAAACGUGUUUGCUCCACGUCGAUUUGAUAAGGGUGGUUGUUGUUUAUACAUAUAAACUAGGUAAUCAUAUUUUUGUGCAAGGAGGAUGAUGAAUUUAAUUAUGAGAUGUAUGUUAGAUCUUUUUUUUCCUUCACUGUA